GUAGCAGAUGUGAGCAGGCGGUCGCGGAGUGCGUGCGCGCCGCGGGUCUGUGAUUUCUUUCCCGCGUUCAUGUGGCAACGUGGGAGUUAGCGCUCCUCGAAUCGUUCACGUCGUACGCGUUGUCUGUGGUCCGGCAUCAUCAUGGCAGUACGUCUGUUGAUAGACUCGGACAGAGACGUGAGUCUUGCCGCUGAAUGCCUCGUGGCGAUGUCCAACGCUCGACCUCGCGACCCGUACUCGGACUCCGAUCGACGCAGCCCGGUGUCUCUGAGCACGACGGACGGCAGUGACUGCGUGCCUGACGAGCAGGAAUCUCAUCUCAAGGACACGUCGGUGUACAUGAUCGCCCGGAUACUAGCGGACUUGACGCGGGUACCUCAAGAGCCGGUGGGUUCGGCUGCCGCGAGGCCCGUAAGUAACGUUAGGCCUAAGGUGCGCGCCGCCUCGAACAAAGCGAUCGUGGCGGCGUCGUCGGCCACACCCGGCGUCCGCGGAUCCUCUUCUGCUCUCAAGAAAGUCCACAUCUGCAGCUACGCAGGCUGCGACAAAGUCUACGGCAAGAGCUCCCACCUCAAAGCGCAUCUACGCACGCAUACAGGCGAGCGUCCAUUCCCGUGCCUCUGGCCCGACUGCGGCAAGCGGUUCGCGCGCUCCGACGAGCUGGCGCGUCACCACCGGACGCACACGGGCGAGAAGAAGUUCGCCUGCCCGCUGUGCGGCAAGCGCUUCAUGCGCUCCGACCACUUGACCAAGCACGCUCGCCGGCACCCGGACUUCCGGCCGACCAUGCUGGGGUCUAGCCGCCGUGGCGCCGGCGGCGGCGGUGGCAGCUGCCACCAGCCGACCAACGCCACCACCGCCGACUCCCUGGGGGACAGCUCCGACCACUCGCUGCCCUCGUCUCCCUAGGAUGGGAGCCCAUCACGUGCCACCGUGCUUGCCCCCGAAGAAAGACAGUGCAACCAUCCACGCUUUUGCUGUCACUCAGGCAGGAGGAAGCAGAAAGAAAAAAAUGGAAAGAAAGUGCAGAUUCUGGCGUGCAGUGUGGACAUAACUGGCACACUUAUUGUGUGGUAUAGCUCACCACUGUGUGUUUCCUCAGCGUCUCACUUCGUUGCUUCUAUUUGUUCCUCAGCUGCUGCCGCUGCUGUUUUUCACAAUUUUUAUGGAUACCGGAGCCCUGCCCGUCCUCUUUGCUUUGAUGAAAGUGUGGCCUUCAGUGUGUUACUUGAAUGGAUGCUAGUUUGUCACCUGCCAUAUUUCAAUUAGUCAAACAGAAAGAAAGAAAUGGCAGUGAAGUUGAAGAUGGGCACUAUAAUUGGACUGCCCACCCCAGGCCCCUCACAACUUUGGGGCGUCAUGUGAAAGGGCCCGUGCGACGAGGUGAGGGGUAAAGUGGGAAAAUUCCUGUCAGAUUUUUAAAAUUAUUUUUAUUUAUUAUUUUUACGCUGUUCUCUAGGCAACACACUAGGCCGUUGAUAGUUCGAAAACCUGUGUCCUUUCACUGUGGGCAGGCACUCUCUCACCCUUUUUUUUUUUUCUGCACUAUUUUCAAUGCCUUGCACAUGGUUUUUAUGUACAUAGGAGGAUGCUUGUGGGGCAGGUCAGGACCGUAGCUGAUGUUCAUUGCCCCUUGUUUGAAUCUUGGGUCAGCUUUUCUUGGGUAGCAAGGAGUGUCUUCUAAAAGGACAUUUGCCAACUCUCCAUUGAUGUCAAGGCCCAGCACAGGGUGCCCCUGUAUGCGUGUACAAUCUUGUUUCAUGACAAUUGAGGACCUUUGUUAAUCGCUGUCUACUGCACAAUCUAGAGAAUGUGUUACGUGUGUGAACUAUUGCAAAGAAUGUGGUGUGUGUGUGUGUGUGUGUGUGUGUGUGUGUGUGGGAGGGAGGGAACAGUGUUAAUACUUUGUGUGUGCGAGUGUGUGUAUGUGUGCAUGUGUAUGUCAAUGUGCAUAAUUUGUGUCCCAGAAAUAUACAGUUUGGAACUGUCCUCACCAAUUGGCGCUACCUUCUCCUGUUCAUGUAAAUGGAGCUACAGUGUUCAAGUCAUCACGUGCACAAUGGCAAUCUGAAGUAUAAUGGGUGUUAGUCAUCAAGUAGCAUCCUUUCUCAAUCCAUCUUUUGGGCUUUUAUCGGCAUUUUAAUCUGCAAAGUUUCGAAAUGUCUUCAGUGCUCUUUUAGAUACCCUCUGACAAACUUCAAAGUGGCAACCACUGAUCUCUCGUGUAUGUCGAGCUCGGGCAAACAGGUGUUCUUAUCAUUUCCAUGUGCCCAGGGUUUGGCAUGCAGUGUGAUGAGCGGUUCACAUUUGUUUGUAAAACUGUUAUCAGCUUUAGUUUGCGUGAAUGCUUUGUUUCUGCGUUGCAAAAGCACUAUGGCUGUGAUUCAUAAUGCACUUUUGUUUUUGUAGAGUGUGUAUAGUUGACUGCAUUUUGUCUGCAAUAGUAAUAUGGCUGGCCAUAUUGAGUCAGAUUUAGUUGCACCUUAUCUGUCAUAGCUAUUUUUCUGCUGCAAACCUGGCAGGUGUGGCUUAACCCUUUCUUGUGUGUGUGUGUGCUCAGGAUAAAACUGAAGUGUCUCACAUUUAUUUGCUCGAUCAGAUCAGGCUAUUAUGUGCAUCCCUUCAACCUUUCUCCAGUUUUCUCGGGGUCUCGCAUCUUGGCACCAGUUUAGUUUUGGCAGUUGCAGAUACGUACACAGCUCCAUCGGAACAUUUAUAGCAUGAACUUAAUAUAAAAAUUAGCUACAACAAUGCAUUACAAUGUUUCCUGGGACAAUUUGAACAUGUUUCAUCAUGCCACUUCUUGGCUGUCAUUCGCUCUUGUUCUAACGCUGUUACUGUGCUUGGAGGAUGCCACUAAACACAUUUAUAGUGUUUGGGUCAUGGGGGUGUCAUCCAUGCUCAAGUGCACUUGACAGUGGCACCUCAGUCCCAUCAACUGACCAUCUUUCUGUUUGUAGCAUCUGGAUUAUUCAAUCCUUGCUCGCAUCAUAUCAUUCCGUGGACGUAUACUCAAUUUGAGCAAAGGCAGGUUAGCAGGCACUUUUUCUAUAGGCCUUUACAUAUUACGCUGUUCCUUUUUCUUCAUUAGAGCUGGCCUCUUUCCUGUUUCUGCUUUUCACUUGCACAGAUAAUGACUGCUUGCAGCCUGCGUUAUGUUGUGCAAUGUACUGUAAAUGUUCCCAGGGCAGCUCAGCUGUUCCCAUGUCUCUCAAGUGUGCGUCAAGGUAUUGCUGUGGCUGAAAUUUGUUUGUUUGUUGUUGUUUUUUUUUUUCGUUUUUUUUUUUUUCGUUUUUUUUUUUCCCCACAUCCCCUUUUUCUCCUCUCCCCAACUGUUACACAAAGUGUGCGCCACUGGUCUUGCGUUGCAGUGGUCUCGUGCCACUGUAGGAUGUGCAUAUUUGGGGGCCAGGCUGUACAGAUCAUUUUGUGUCGUGGGCACACCCUGCACUGCACCACAGUAUUUGUUGACACAUUUUCUUGGAAGUGGUGGGUUUGGAACUUGGAGGAGGAGAGUCCAGGUGGGCCUGAGAAUGCAUGGCACAUCUCUCACUCGCCAUUUGCAUCGUCGUUAUUGCGAGUGCUUUGGACGCCUUUCUGCAUUUUGUAAAGGGUGAAAGCUCUGGGUUGUCUGCGGAGUUUUCUUUGUGUGGCCGGAAAUAUUUUGAGUAAGAGUCAGAGUGUAUCCUUAGUGUGUUUUUUUUUUUUUUUUUUUUUUUUUUUUGUAGUUGUCCAUUGUAAUACGAAUGUCACUUAUUAGUGCCCAACACCAUAUGUGGGCCUGCCACUCGUCUUGUACCCUAUAUACUUGCUCUUUUGCUCUCUUCUGAUCAGCCAAACCCGUGCAUCUGCCUCUUGUAGCACGUCUUUGUGAAGCAGUGCCACUGUAGUGCUUGUGGGAAAUGUGGAGGUGAAUGGCAUUGGCACACGGGGUCGAUUCCUAGGGGUGUGCAAGCGAUCUUUUGGAACUGAAUUUAUUGCAAAUUUCUUAAGGAUGGCAUUGCAUCAAGUCUGGCAGUUAACUGCUUGCAGAUUCCAAAUUCACAUUGUUUGAGUUCUCAAAUGAUUUUCUAAUUGUACUGGCUGUAAGGGACAUGAAUUCCUUCCAAUACAAGUUUAGGUUAUAAAGAAACUAUUCAGUCAGAGAAGAAUCGAAAUUUUGAAGAGCAACUAUCAUUCAGAUUAGCUGUAAAAAACAUUUUAAAUAUUCAUGCACCCUUAUCGAUUUCUCUUUCUUAGUACCCUCGUGGUACGCGGCUGCCAAGUGCCAUGGCACGCUGCAAACUAGCUCACAGUUGGCUUCCAUCCCAGUGAGCUUUAAUGCUCUCUGCUUGCGAGUGGCAUCUAUUAACUUAUUCAUCCAUAUUUAAGCACAGUAGCUAUAGUUUAUCUUGUAGGUUUUUCACAUAAAGUAACAGAAAAAUGUCUCGUCCAUCUAUUUUUAUCGCUAUCAAAAACACCACUGUACAAAAACCUCGGCUUGCCACGGAAGCCACCAGGAUUGCUUUCGAAUGUCUCCGUGGCAGUUCUGUGGGGCUAAUACUCUUGCGUAGCCAAUGCGUUCCUUUGUUUUUGUUGAUGUGUUUAACAAGUCAGCUGUGUGGAUUUGUGUUUGUUGGCCAGUUUUCUUGCUUUAAAUUCGUUUAUUUUUUAAAAUGCUAAUAUUUUUAAAAGCCCCUACCCCCCCCCCCCCCCUUUUUUUUUUAAUGCCACAGUCAGGCAUGAUUUAUUGUCUUAAAUGAGUACCAACUUGCAGCUUUUAAUAGCUGUUUUUUCAUACUAGUUUUAUUAGCAGACUUGUCAUUAUUUGUUGCAUAGUGUUUCAGUGCUGUAAAUAUUGUACCAUAAGCAUGUUGUUGUUUAUAUAUGCCAAAUGUCCUCUGCGGAUUUGCGAAGCCUUUUUUUUUUUUUUGGUGCCGCCAUCCAGUCUGUUCUUCGCCUUUUGGCGAAUGCUUCCUUUGCCGUUUUUGUCCCUCCCUUGCAAUCUUAAGAGUGCAAACAGGAAGAAAGUUGGGGGACGUUUUGAUGUCAUUGGCAAUCCAGUACUUACAAGAGUUGUAUUUGUACAUAGAAUUUCAUUGGCCUCCGUGGUCUACAGAAUCUAAAACUUAACUUGAGAGCCCUUGUGGGUGCAUUAUUUAUACACUGAAAUAAAAAUUGUUAGACAAAGUG